CGCGUGGCUGAAAGGCGCGUGGUCUUCGUUGGUGAAGUAAGAGCGCCGGACAAUGCUAGCCGGCUAGCGCGAGGUUGUUGCUAGCUGGCUAAGGAAGUUAGCCAGUUAGCUGGUAAUCCGCCUGCCGGAGGCUGUUCUCUUGUUUCGCGCAUUUCAAGCCUCUUAACCGCCCUCAGCAACUGUUUAACCAGUUCCUCAUCGAGAGCAUUAAGCUGGAGUUUCUCCAAUGACACAGAUAAAAGAGGGAAACUUCAGCAGUUGUGUAAAAUGAGGAGCAGGCGGUGUUUCUCCUGAGUGGCUGAUUUUCUGCCACUGCUGCUCUUUUGUUUUCACAAAGGAAGAGGAGCCGAAUUUCUUUCUCAUUUUACACCACCUCUCGUUUAGUGGUGGGACAGUUUCUUUGAUCUCUUUAUUUUUUCACUGUUGUAAUGGCUCCUCACAAGCAGAGCCACCCGGUGACUUUGGGCUCUGGAGGUAAAGCCAAUGGGUUGUACCACCACCAGCCGUCCUCCGCCGCGAUGGCUGCAGCCAAGAAGCCCAACAUGCAACUUAUUCAAGCCGACCACGAGUUGUUCCUGCAGGCCUUCGAGAAACCAACCCAAAUCUACAGGUUUCUCCGCACAAGGAACUUGAUUGCUCCUAUCUUUUUGCACAGAACGCUCACAUACAUGUCCCACAGAAACUCAAGGAAUAACAUCAAAAGGAAAAAUUACAAGGCUGACAAUCUGCUGUUCAAAGUGGAAAAGAUGAGAGGCGAACAGGAGACUCACAGCUUGGCCUCCAAUCUGCAGCUCACCUUUACUGGCUUCUUCCAUAAAGCCGGAAAAUCAUCUCAGGACAGCGAGAACGAGCAGAACUCGGUGUCUCUGGAGGUGCUCCUGGUCAAAGUCUGCCACAAGAAGAGGAAGGACGUGAGCUGUCCGGUGAAGCAGGUCCCCACAGGGAAGAAGCAGGUUCCUCUGAACCCAGACACGAGCGCCGGCGUUCAGGUCAAGCCGGGCUCCUACCCCUCCCUCCUGGUUCCCAGCAGCGAGUUUGAACCCAGCAAUUCUCACAUGGUCAAGUCGUAUUCGCUGCUCUUCAGAGUGUCACGGCCCGGUCAUCCACGGACGCAGAUCAAUGGCCUGGCCAACGGAGAGAUCCACCACAGCAGAGACUUUUCAGAGGAAGCCGUGAACAGGAAAAGGAGGAGCACCACUCUCAGGGAGGAGGGAGAAACCACAUUUGUAGCUCAGAUGACCGUCUUUGAUAAAAACAGGCGUCUGCAGUUAUUGGAUGGCGAGUACGAGGUGUCCAUGCAAGAGAUGGAGGAGUGUCCCGUCGGUAAGAAGAGGGCGACCUGGGAGACCAUCCUAGACGGAAAGCGCUUGCCUCCGUUUGAGAGUUUCUCUCAGGGUCCGACCCUGCAAUUCACGCUGCGCUGGACCAGUGACUCCGCCGAUCAUUCCACUGCACCUGUGGCCAAACCGCUGGCAACCCGCAACUCCGAAACCAACCAGGACACCCGGCCCAGCACCCUGAGAACCACGCACACACCAGCUGUUAAAGAGUCUGUAAAUACAGAUGUGCAAACCAGAAGGGAGCAGGUUUCAGCUGAACCUCGACAGAAACUACGAAUCUUCUACCAGUUUCAAUACAACAACAACACGCGGCAGCAGACCGAGGCCAGAGACGACCUCCACUGUCCGUGGUGCACGCUGAACUGCAGGAAGCUCUACAGUCUGCUCAAACACCUCAAACUGUCCCAUUCCCGCUUCAUCUUCAACUACGUGCCCCAUCCAAAGGGAGCAAAGAUCGAGGUUUCUAUCAACGAGUGUUAUGAUGGAUCGUAUGCAGGAAACCCUCAGGACAUCCACAACCAGCCGGGCUUCGCCUUCAGCAGGAACGGCCCCGUGAAGAGAACCGCUGUCACGCAUGUUCUGGUCUGCAGACCCAAGAGGACGAAGCCGAGUCUGUCUGAGUUUCUGGAGUCGGAGGAUGGCGAUCGGGAGGCACAGAGGACGUACAUCAGCGGACACAAUCGCCUCUACUUCCACAGCGACAGCUGCCUGCCGCUGAGGCCUCAGGAGAUGGAGGUGGACAGCGAGGAUGAGAGGGACCCCGACUGGCUCAAAGAGAAGACUGUAAAGCAAAUCGAGGACUUCAUGGACGUCAACGAGGGGGAGAAGGAGAUCAUGAAGCUGUGGAACCUGCACGUCAUGAAGUAUGGAUUCAUAGCAGAUAACCAGAUGAAUGAAGCGUGCCUGCUGUUCGCUGAGCACCACGCUGCCUUCAUCGUCAAACGCAACCUGUGUCGCAACUUCCUGCUGCACCUGAUCAGCAUGCAUGACUUCAACCUGAUCGGCACGCUUACCAUCGACCAGGCCAUGGCCCGGCUCCGCCUUGUCCAGACCCAGGCUAGCCAGAGAGACAAAGAGGAGGAGGAUGACGACGAAGAGGAGGAGGAAGACUGGGAGACGGCCGUGGAAUCCCAGCCAGAGCCGGACCCCGAUCCCGAUCUGUCAGAGUUUAAAACCUGCAACGACGAGACCGGCAACGGCUCCUCGGAGGCAGGAAACCAGCCAGAGGAGGAAGGCAGCGAGAAGCCACACACCAAGCAGAAAUUCUCCGGCUUCGGCUCAGUUUUAAAGUGACUGCUCGGCCAGGGCACCACAAAGAUCCCUGAAUGGAGCGGGAAGAUUGAGGCCUGAGGCCGGAAUCAGCAAACAGGUGUUAAACACACACGGGUUACUGCAGGGAUUCUCAAAGGCAGGUUACACCAGGAACAAGGUGAACUUUGCACCCUGGAAGUCGCACCUUCAAAUCGAAGAGACGCUUUAUCAUUUCACAGCUCGUGAAAACUUUGAAUUAAUUUUGAAUUAUUUUCGUGUUUUUUCCAUGUUGUUUGUCCCACUUCUGUAAAUGUUUGUGUUUAACUCUGAGGUGCUGCAGUUUCUUUUCAUUUCCAGCCUGACAGAACUGUGGAGCGAGCACAAAAUGGAGUCCGUCUCAGGGCUGAAGGUGCAGGGAAAUACUCAGAAGAUGGUCAUGUUGCUGGCCUUCUGCAGGUGUAGGUCUACAAGAGCACCUCGCUGAUGAGGAGCUGCCUCUAAAAAAGAGGCUAAAACACUUCCCACAGUUGCUGGGAAUUUAAACUGGAGGAGACUGUUCUGGACUAUUUUCAGCAGCAGAUUGAUCGAUAUCUGGUGCUUUCUUUUUAGGUGCUACUUUGCCUCUUGACACUCUUAAUUCGUGCUCUGAGAGUCAUUUUGUGUUCACUCCAUCGCUCAAACCUCAUGUCGGCCUUCCUCAGAGUUGAGCAUCAAUCAGUGACCUUCCGGGCACCCCCUCAGCUCCACCAAAGGUUUUCUGUUAGCACAGAGUGUGUGCACAUGCUCAGUAGAGUCACAGAUAUGGCGUCUGAUUGGGUAUCCAGAGUGCUGCUGUUUUGUUAACAGGAGGCUCAGAGUGAUUAUUUAUUGUUGUGGUUGUUUUUUCCAUGUGUAUUCAUGAUGAGAAUUAGCUUAUGUGGAGGUCAUUUUUAUAAUAAUAAUAUUAUUUAUAUUAUUAUUAUAAAUAAUAAUAAUAAUAAUAAUAAUAAUAAUAUUAAUAAUAAUAAUAAUAAUAAUAAUAAUAAUAAAAAUAAAGCUGAGUCUGAUAAGGAGUGCGAGAGCCACAAUAUGGAAGGGAAAAAAAAUACUGUAAUACAUAUUUUUGCUUGUACUGCCCUUUCCAUGAGUCGUUAACUCAAACAUAACCUGACAAAACUCCUCGGGUAAAAGUCUCCAAGCGUUCUUUGAACGGGUCAAUCAGGACGUUACUGCUGACGUUUGGAUCGCAUCGUAGCACAGCCGUACGCACUGCUGGGUUAAUCAGAGCUUAAUUCCAGUUACUACUUUGGCAUCCAGUCACUAUGAAAACAAUAUAACUUCUAUAUAAUUUUUUUUUUUUUUUUUUGCAUUAGUUUUUGCUGUGACGCUCUCGCUUUCUUGUUAUAAAUGAAGACAUUUCCUUUUACAGCGGCUUUAGUUCAGCUCGAGCCGAGACGACGGAGACAGGUUUGUCUUCUAGAAGAAGUAAAAGGUUGUGGGAGGAUCAUUAACGGUUGCAGUUGCCUUUGUGUCAGAUCUGAGACUUUAUUGCCAGGUCUGUCGGCUCUCCGUCCCAUAUUGGAGGCUGAGGUCUGGAAGUGACCCUUGCGAGACAAAAAUACCCUCAACUUUCUGCCUAACUCCUUAUCAGACGAGUGUUUCUCCCACUUUUUUUCAUUUAUUUAAAUUGGUCUUCAUGUAAAUGAAGUAAAUUCCUAUUUAAGUUGAUGAUAAUCGAGUAUUUAUGAUUGAUUGGGACUUUUACUUUAAUGGAGCAUUCGUGGUUCUGCACUCUGGUCUGUUAUUUCUGUACCUGCCCCCCUCCCCAUUACGAAUCCCAAACAGCCGAGCGUUGGUGCCCCCUCAGCGGUGUUUUGGUUUGAACCUGUGACUCUGCUGUGCACGUAGGCACACCUCCAGUUAGAUUUUUUUUUUUUAUAUAUUUUAAACUACUGGUGCUAAAUGUUUCUAUUCCUCACAGCAGACCUCCACUGCCAGCUCUCUAACACCGAGAAGCAUGUUUUUCUUUUACAGAGUGACUCUGUGUUUUUCCUAGAGUGCUGUUAUUACUCUGCUCUGAGCCCAGGACAAUAAAAAGGACUAUAAACUGCUCCUCACUUCAAGCGGCGCCUCUUUUAAGGCUUGACAGUGCAGCAAAACGGGACACUUUGAGAGGCUUGGAAAGGCCACGUUCCUGUUGUCACGGUCUAAAAGGAGAAUAACUAGAGAUUUAAACUGUUUAUCCAGGUGCUGGUUCCAGUCUAAAGUAAAAAAUUGCUGCUUUAUUUUGAAAUUAUUAUAAACUGAAUAGUUUUUAAGUUUUGGACUGUGAUGUGAGGUGGGCUGAUUUUUAUUUUCCCCCUUUUUAUUUGAUCAACUAAAUUGUGAAAAAAAGUCACCUAUAACAACAAAUGGUUCCACAGGGUCCUGAUGUCGCUGUAUCAGUGUGCUGUCACUGCAGUAUAAAUAAUGUUGCUCCAAGAAACAGCUGAGAAGUUGGCUGAAGUAAAGACGUGUGUGUGUGUGUGUAUGGAGGAGGUUGAGGUGCACGAAUGAACACUGCAGUUCCUCUAAUGUCCAUUAAAGGCUCCAGCAGUGACACAAAUCCCAUAGACUCCCAUGUUAAAAUGUCCAAUUUUACAGCAGAAAUAAACACGUUUACAGCCUGAUACAAGAACCAGUUUGUCUCUCUGUGGAUAGUUCCUCCGUUCCUCCAACUGCAAAGGGGGCUGAAUGUGUUUUUUGUUUUUUUUUUAAAUAACUUAUUCAUUUGGAUACUGGCAAGGCUUAAAGUUAAGGGCGUGGCCACGUUGAUGGGUGCACCAAACCAACAACUGUAUAUAGAAGAUGUAGGCACCUCAACAUCAAUGUUUGUGUUUUGAACCUUGCCUUUAGAAGCCU